CUACGAUAAUCAACAAAUUACUUUCUAUCGUAAACAUGUGCUCGACUUUUGGCGAUUUUUUGGAAAAAUUUCAAAUCGUAGGAAAUUGUUGACGUCGCUAUCGUGGCGUUAAAAUCAUAACACGCGCGUCGGUAUCUCACGUUGGCUGAAAAUUGUUGUUUUUCGCGGGCUUUUCGACGAAUUAAUGGCAUUUUGGUAUCGUUGCAUUAUGCUAAUGAGAUACGAUACAGCGAACCGAUGUCCGCGUUAAUAUUACAUGUCAUAAUCCUUGUGCGUUAAAAAAAUCUCGACUAUUCUGUGUGCAGUUUUAAUAGUAUCGUUGUGAUUUCGCGGGUGCAUUCGUAGAUGCAUCUGGAUCUGUGUGUUUUGUGUGGUAAAAAUUGUAUUGUGAGGGUAAAUUUUCAAAAUAACUGGAUCGCAACGUCAAGUAAACCAAUACGAAAUGUAUUAUUCAAGCAUCAAACCAUUGGAUGGGAAAUUCAAUGAUACUUGAAAGGAAUGACUAACUCAAAAGAAUAUGACAUUGAAAGCGCUAGUACCAGGCACCUGAAAGCCAUCUUUGGGGGAAUGAACCCCUUCUCCGAGAACUUCAACAAUAUUCCUUUACUAUUCAGCAAAAAAUUUGGUCCAGGAAGUAUUGAUUUGGGAAAUGUUGGCAUUUACAUUCCACAUAUAAAUUCCAAAAUACCGAAGCCAGUUUCUAGAAGACGAAUUUUAGUUAAAUCGUUAAAGAUGAUUAUCGUAAUAAUUUUAUUUGUGAUGUUAUUCGUUAACGUGGGAUUCAUUUACAUAUCUGCUCGUCGUUUCAAAGAGCUACCCAAAGAUGAAUUAGAUGAUUAUAUGACCAUUCAUAACCCCAAGAUUUUAUCCAUCGAAGUGAUCUCAAGUCAGUCCAAAGUUUCUGUGAUUGUAGACGGUACUACUAUUCUUGAAGAUAGUCAUAAAACCCAUGGUCGAGGAAUCCAUGUCAUAGUUUUAAAUCAAGCUUCCGGCAGCGUGAUGGCUCAAAGAACGUUCGACACGUAUUCACCUCAUGAAGACGAUGCUAUGACAUUAUUCCUCAAUAUGAUAUCAGAUGGUCGAAUUUUAGUUUUCGCAAUCAAAGAUGAAGGUACUUUUCAAAUGAAACGUCACGCUCGCGAAAUAUUGAAAAAAAUGGGAUCCGAGAAAGCAGCAAUUUUAGGAUGGAGAGAUAUGUGGGCAAUGGUGACCAAAAAGGGUGAUAAAUUGUACGGCGAAUCAUUCAGUAAAAGUGCUGGUUUCAAUACGUGGGGAUCGGCUGUUUUACUCAAGGUGGAAGUUCCUCUAGUUUCAUUCGAAGAAAGCGAAUGUAUUUGGCCUGACGGUGAUGAAUUAGAAAGAAGAAAAACUUUCUGUAAUCAAAUUGAAGGAUAUGGUCAUGUGUGCUCUUGUGAGAAUCCUUCGCCUGUUUCUUUUGACCCUGACCCUAUUAUAGACUCUAGAAUCGCUGAUGUUCCUGUAUCCAUUAUUGCUAGUAAUAGACCUCAGUAUUUAUAUAGAAUGUUGAAAUCAUUAUUAUCAGCCACAGGAGUUAAUUCGUCCAUGGUUACCGUAUUCAUUGAUGGAUUUUUUGAAGAACCGCUUUAUGUUACCAAAUUGUUUGGUAUUCAAGGAGUACAACAUAUGCCAAUUGGUCGAAAGAAUGCUCGAGUUUCCCAACAUUACAAGGCAUCGAUAGCUUCGACUUUCAAACGUUUUCCAAAUUCGAAAUAUAUUAUAAUUUUGGAAGAAGAUUUGGACGUAUCGCCAGACUUUUUUAGUUACUUCAAUCAAACAGUCGACUUGUUAGAAAAUGAUUCCACUUUGUACUGUAUCUCUGCAUGGAAUGAUUUAAGUUACGAGCAUACCAGUCUUGAUCCAAGCAUUUUAUACCGCGUGGAGACAAUGCCAGGUUUAGGAUGGAUGUUGAAAAGAUCUCUUUUUGAAGAAGAACUCGAACCUAAUUGGCCAACCGUUGACAAGUACUGGGAUUGGGAUAUGUGGAUGCGUUCUUCUUCUGUUCGUAAGGACAGGGAAUGUAUUGUACCGGAAGUUUCUCGAACAUAUCAUUUUGGUUCGUUAGGACUGAAUGUGAAUACAUUUUUUCAAGAUAUGUAUUUCAAGAGUCAUUCUUUCAAUGUCCAGAAACAAGUUAAACUAAAAAAUGUUGAUAGUUUAUUGAAACACAAUUACGAAACACUGAUUAGUAAUAUGAUAAAAAAUGGACAAGUGGUCGAUCAUAGCAAAAGUCCUUGUGAAAAAGACUUCAUACCGGAUGUCAAAGAUACAACGUUACUAGUUUACAUCAAGAUGGUGCAUUCGAGAGAUUUUUCCACUUGGUUAGAAAUUGCAAGGUGCUUUAGAAUUUGGGACUUGGACGCUAGAGGAUAUCACAGGAGUAUGUGGAGAUUACGUAUGAAAACCAGCGAAGUCCUUGUGAUUGGUGUUCCUAGUUCGGAUUACUCGCAAUACAAACCAGCUAACGUAACUCCAAUUUACAUGCAAGGAAUGAAAAAUAAACUUCGGCAUUGAAGCAAAUUCAAACUCAUCAAUGAUCCAUUUAUUUACCACCUAUAUUUUAAAAAUUAUUCAAGAUAUGAAUCCAAUUACUAGUCUAUUUGUCAAGUCUCUUCCCACCUUGUUUAUAUAAUUGACAAAGCAAAUGCUCAAUUUUUAUUGCGUAUUAAAUACGCUUACAUUUUUUAUAUGCGCACUUUUUUUUUCAUUCUAUGACGAAUCGAAGCGUUAUUUAGCGGGAUUUCCAGAAUAUUGUUUCAUUAUAACGUUUUAUAUAACUUACUCGCUUGUUUUGGUAAUCCUGCUACGUUGUGGAAAGUCCACGUUUUUACGAAAAGUAUAUUUGAAAUGUCAUUUUAUAAAUUAUUUUGUAGUAUUAUUGUGAUACAUUGUUUUUUGUACCUGUUCUUCCAAAUAAAAUUUUGUCAGUUUUA